AUGGCCUUCGGAAAGCUUUACACCUACGAGGCGAACCCCCGCUCCACGGCCAUCUUGGCUGUCGCGAAGGCCAACAACCUCGACCUCGAGGUUGUCAAGGUCGACCUCGAGGCUGCCAUCGAGGAGUACAAGAAGGUCAACCCUCUCGGCAAGGUCCCCACCUUCGUCGGUGCCGACGGCUACACUCUCUUCGAGUGCAUCGCCAUCGCCAUCUAUGUCGCUUCCCAGAACGAGAAGACCACUCUCCUCGGCAAGACCAAGCAGGACUAUGCCUCCAUCCUGAAGUGGCUCUCUUUCUUCAACACCGAGGUCCUUCCCCCCCUUGCUGGCUGGUACCGCCCUCUCCUUGGCAAGGCUCCCUACAACAAGAAGGCUGUUGAGGACGCUCAGGCUACUGCCCUCAAGGCCAUCUCUGUCGCUGAGGCCCACCUCAAGAACAACACCUUCCUUGUUGGCGAGCGCAUCACCCUUGCCGAUCUCUUCGCCACUGGCAUCAUUGCCCGCGGCUUCGAGUUCUUCUUCGACAAGGCCUGGCGCGAGCAGUACCCCAACGUCACCCGUUGGUACACCACUGUCUACAACCAGCCCAUCUACUCGGCCGUUGCUCCUCCCUUCGCUCUCCUUGAUACCCCCAAGUUGACCAACGUCGCCCCCAAGAAGGCUGAGGCCCCUAAGCCCGCCGCCGCCCCCAAGCCCGCUGCUGCUCCCGCCGCUGCCGCUGAGGAGCCCGCUGAGGCCCCCAAGCCCAAGCACCCCCUUGAGGCCCUUCCCCGUGCCUCUUUCCCCCUCGACGAGUGGAAGCGCCAGUACUCCAACGUUGACACCCCCGAGGCCCUCAAGUGGUUCUGGGAGAACGUUCCCUUCACUGAGUACUCCAUCUGGAAGGUCAACUACAAGUACAACGAUGAGCUCACCCUCACCUUCAUGUCUAACAACUUGAUUGGUGGCUUCAACAACCGUCUUGAGGCUUCUCGCAAGUACCUCUUCGGCUGCGCCUCCGUCUAUGGCACCAACAACGACUCCGUCAUCCAGGGUGCCUUCGUCAUCCGUGGCGAUGACUGGAAGCCCGUCUUCGACGUCGCUCCCGAUUAUGAGAGCUACGAGUUCACCAAGCUCGACCCCCAGAACCCUGAGGAUCGCGCUUUCGUCGAGGCUGAGUGGUCCUGGGACAAGCCCGCCCUUGUCAACGGCAAGGAGUACCCCCACGCCUCCGGCAAGGUCUUCAAAUAA